GGAGGAGAAAAAAAGGGAUGUGGAAGUGAACGGCGGCGAGUUAACUCACAUUUCACAACUCACAAACCUUCCCUCUGGGUUUACUAGGGUUUAAGGAAAUCACGAUGAACAUGGGUAGCGCUCUCCUUAGAAGGUCUUCUUCAUCGCCGGCAUCAAAGCGGCUUCAACUCGCUGCUCUGUCGCACCUCUUCCAUUCAACAUCGUCUUCCUCCGAAAUCGUCAGGUGCAGAAAUGAUCGCUUCGUUCCCCAGUUCGUCGCCACCGCGUCUAAUCCUCCAGCUAAUGGGAGGUUCACUCCUCCGUUGGGACAAAUAGUGAGGGGCUUACACAUCUCGCGGCCGUUGGCUGCUGGUGUGGCUGUGGCUCGUUCGCAGGAAGAGGAUGAAGGGCUUGAGAUCUCCAGGCUCGGCAUUGCUCAGGAAAUCGUCUCGGCUUUGGCUCGGAGGGGAAUAACUCAGCUCUUUCCCAUUCAGAGAGCAGUUUUGGAACCAGCAAUGCAGGGGCUUGACAUGAUAGGCAGAGCUAGAACUGGAACAGGGAAGACUCUUGCUUUUGGAAUUCCAAUCAUGGAUAAGAUCAUUUGUUACAACAAGAAGCACGGGAAGGGGAGGAACCCUUUAGCAUUGGUAUUGGCUCCUACUAGAGAACUUGCAAAACAAGUGGACAAAGAAUUCUGCGAGUCUGCUCCUGAUUUGGAUACAUUGUGUGUCUAUGGAGGUGUCCCCAUUGGAAUUCAAAUGGGUAAACUUGAUAGAGGCGUUGAUGUGAUUGUUGGGACACCAGGUCGAAUAAUUGAUCUGCUUAAAAGGGGCUCACUGAAUUUAUCAGAACUUCAGUUUGUUGUUCUAGAUGAAGCUGACCAGAUGCUUAAUGUUGGAUUCGCGGAUGAUGUUGAAAGGAUUCUACAAAAUGCACCAAAGGAUCGUCAGACACUGAUGUUUUCAGCAACAAUGCCCAAUUGGAUUUUGAAACUCACCCAACAGUUCUUGAAAAACCCAGUACAGAUUGAUCUUGUUGGGGACUCAGAUCAGAAGCUAGCCGAUGGAAUUUCUUUGUACUCAAUUGCCUGUGAAAUGCAUCAGAAACCUGCAGUGCUCGGCCCUCUAAUAACAGAACAUGCUAAAGGAGGGAAAUGUAUUCUUUUCACACAAACAAAACGUGAUGCUGAUAGAUUAGCUUAUGCCAUGAAAAAAAGCUUCAAAUGUGAUGCUUUGCAUGGGGAUAUCUCACAAAACCAGAGAGAGAGAACACUGUCUGGUUUCAGAGAUGGUCACUUCAAUGUAUUGGUGGCCACAGAUGUUGCUGCCCGAGGUCUUGAUGUCCCUAAUGUGGAUCUGGUAAUACAUUAUGAAAUUCCAAACUCUUCAGAGAUCUUUGUUCAUCGAUCUGGCCGUACUGGACGUGCUGGUAAGAAAGGAAGUGCAAUACUCAUGUAUUCACAUCAGCAACUUAGAGAUGUUAAAAAUAUUGAGCGUGAUGUGGGGUGCAGGUUUACCGAGCUCCCAGCGAUCGAAGUGGACCCUGCAGCAGAAAGCAUGUUGAGUGACUUGGGAGGAGGUUAUAGCCGUUUCUCCUCUAAUCAAGGCUUUGGAAGUGGCAGCUUUGGUGGUGGCGGACGCUUUGGUGGCGGUGGUCGCUUUGGUGGCAGCAGCUUUCAAGGGUCAACAUAUGGUGGUCGUGCGGGGGGUGGGUUUGGUGGACCUUCUUCUGGACGUUCAAGCGGUGGUUUUGGUGGAGGGCCUUCUGGAAACUUUGGCAGUCGCAAUUCUGGUGGCUCUCAAGGUUUUGGAAAUUUCGGUGGUCGUCCAAGUGGCUUUGGUGGCAACUCUGAAGGGUUUGGAAAUUCCGGUGGACGUCCAAGUGGCUUUGGUGGCAACGCUGAAGGCUUUGGAAAUUCCGGUGGACGUCCAAGUGGAUUCAGCAGCAUAUUCGGAGACGCUUAUAACCAAAGUUCUGGGAAAUCUUUCUGACCUGGUUGAGCCAGGAGUCUUUUGGAAUUAGCCUCCCUGCUUCCAAGUAGGGGCAAGAUGAAGGCGGUGCCGAGCAUAUAAAUGCAUAAUAAUAAAGGUUUUAAAGAAAGGUGUGCUGUGAGGAUGAAGAGGAAUCAAGUUAGUUUCUUGGCUUCACAUAGGUUAGUCAGAGUCAGCACAGAGAAAGUAGAAUCUUUUCCUACUUGUAGGAAAAUCCUUCCCAUUUCACUAUCUCUCAAUCCAUCCAUUGAUGAUUUAUUUAUUGAUUUGGUAUCUUUGGAUAUGACCAAAUUAAUUGGGUUGGAAAUGCUUUUGGUUGUCUUAUUAUAUUGAAUAUUUUGGUGAGACUUUAAUCAUGGGGAACAUGUGACUAACUUAUAGAGAGAAUACAUCACAAAUGUUAAUGGAGAGAUAAAGUUAUAUGAACCCUUUGUAUAUUGAUAGUUCAAUCCCUCUCCAUGUUCAAGAGGUCAAUCAAUAAGAAAUCUUGAUCCAACUU